AUGGGAAGAGCAAGUGAGAAAGUUUUAGAAGUGGAGCAGAAGUAUAGUGAGAUACGCAAGCCAGUCUUCUAUGAUAAGCAGAAUGACAUCAUUAAAUCCAUUCCUGACUUCUGGUUAACUACUUUUAUUUGUCAUCCUGCUCUUGGUGAACUUUUGAGUAAUGAGGAUCAAAAGAUAUGUAGGCACUUGAGCUCUUUGGAGGUGGAGGAUUUUAAAGAUGUCAAAUUUGGAUACUUUAUUACAUUUAACUUCAACCCCAAUCCUUAUUUUGAGGAUUCGAAACUUACAAAGACUUUCACCUUCCUUGAUGAUGAAGGUUCAAUGAAAAUUACUACUACAACAAUCAAGUGGAAACAGGGAAUGGGUUUACCGAAUGGAACGACAAACAAAAAAAAAAAACAAAAAAAAUUUGCAGACAAAAAUUACUGUUUAGAAGAAAGGAAAAAAAUUUAA